AUGGCGGGCAAGGAGCGAAGUGAUAAGGACAUCCAGUCAAUAGCGAAGGGCCAGCGGAUCGAGAACGAAAUCUUGUUGAAGGCUCAAGCAGGGUUCCAGUGGGUAAUCCUAGUAACUGAAAUAGUGACCAGUGGGAACCUGCAAGGGAUCCGGGCGGAAAAGCUGCGAGAAAAGCUCGCAUCUACUCCGGAAGCUUUAACUAAACUAUACGCUGCACUCCUAAGCGAGGUUGCUGAAGCCGAGCAACGUCAGAUGGUAAAGCUAUUCUCGUGGGUUCUGUUUGCUGAGAGGCCGUUGUCUGCACAAGAGCUUCGAGAUGCGCUCGCUACCGAUGAGAACAUGAGCUAUACGUCUGUCUUCAAUCUGAGAAGCGAUGAGAAUUGGUCUGAUACUCUAGUCGACUUUGAGAGGCACGCUAGAUACAUCUCCAAAGGCCUGGUCGAGUUUCAAAGCCGUGAGGUCUGGGAGCGAUACGAACCUAACAGAGAAGACUCAGACCGCGAGGCCCAACUCAUCCACCAAUCAGUUGCCGACUACCUGCUCGAUAAGUUUAUCAAUAAAGUCAAAUAUAGCCAGUAUGGCUUUCGGUCCCAUAUAGGAGCCGGACAUUUCCAGAUAUCAAAGUCCUGUCUUAGAUAUUUGACAUUGAGGGAAAUGCUGGAAGGCGCUCCGUUGCCACCGCCUCCAUCCGACGGCGCUGCUGCUUCGGCCCGUCUGCGAGGUGCUACGUCCGGCGGUGCUAGAGGGGAGUAUCAAGCUGUCUGGCUUGUGGUUUGUCGCUUUCGUUAUGUUCAGGCUUCUCUAGAAAUUGCUCUAUGCUAA